GUAGUCCGUGAUCUUUUGUUCUCGUAGUCAGGUAGACGUUUGAGUCGAGCUGGCAAGCGGACCUGUCCCUAUUUUUUUUUUUUUUUGCUGGUUAGCAAUGCUGUUAGCCAGUUAGCUCCAACUGGAAGCUGCCUUGAUUAACACGUUGGUGUGUUUAUAACACGGCGUCAAAAAGUUUAAGAAGUUGUCUGUGUGUCGAGUUAUUUGAUGCUAACAAAGCGGGCUAGCUAUGGCCCGACAAACUCAAGCUAACGUCGCUGUAGGUGAUCAUUUAUUAUCAAUUAUCAGACUAACAACCGCCCGUUAAGGUUUGGUGAGUGAAGCAGAGUGUUUCAGGAGACUGGAAUAAUUAAAGAAGUUUGUCACCGAGCUGAAACCUUGGUCAACUCAACCUGCUCACUUGUAGUUAGCCGGUGCUAAUUUGCUUAUAAGCAUAUCUGAAGAUAAUGUUUUAAAAGCAACCUCCAAAUGUUUACAGUUUAAACCAGAGGCAUGUAGAAGAUAAGAUUGACUUAUAAAUGUUUUCAUUUUAUCAAGGGCAUUGUUAGGAGGGUUCUUUUUUUUAACUGCUCAAACACACCCAAAGGUGUGUCUAUGGACUGAGGACGUCACUUUGCCCAGGCCUGAGUCCUUGUGAACAAGUAUUACAACAUUACAACUGAAUUGGCAGUACAUGCAUGCUUUUACAGUAAGCGCACAGCGCAGCCUGGACAACUUAAGCAAGAGGAGUUGAGAAUCCAGUGUCAUUUAAUUUUUAGUUUUUAAUUCAACUCCAGAAGGCUCAGUGAGAAAGCAUGACAGCUGUGGUGGGCAGAGCUUGGGGGUGGUUGUGCUCGUGGGGCAGGAGUCCAGUGUCAGAGAAUACCACAACUGUGAUAGCCAAGGGCCAGGACCACGGCUGUAGAGGCCGGGGCAUCAAGUGGUGGACCUCUUGGAUCUGGGGAGGGUGGAGACGUCAAAGUGACCAAAGUAGUUUAGCAGAGGAGUUCUGGGAGGCGCAGGAAAAGCUUCAACCGAUAGAGGUUGAAGAUCUGGGCGCAGGAAAACAGGAGACAGAGCAAGUUUCUAGAUGGUGGGAAUAUCUGCCAACUUCUUACCUUUCGUGGCCAAGAAAGGCAGAGAAAGGUGGACUAAGACGAAGGAAACGUGAUGGUCGCAGUGGAGAUGUGUGGGACUGUGAUAUUGAUGGGGACAUUUCUGACUAUGGAACCCCUCCUCCAUCUCCUACACCUCCCUCCUGUCCGCUGACUUCUCCUUUUCGACUCUUUGCGCACAGCUGGAAGGUGGAAAUCCUCCCAGAGCACCAUGAGAUCUGUUUCAACUUCCUCCGCCACUUGUUUGACCUGUUUGUAGUUGGCUUCCUGUGGACUGUGUCCCCCCCUACAAAACUGAUCUUGGAGGUGUUGGGAGUCCAGGGAGCACUGAGGCUGUGGUUUCAUGGUAUGGCCAUGUUUUUUGUUUCCACGGUUGGAAUGGCAGGAUUACUGUGGUUGGUCCAGGAGUAUCUCCCUCAGUUUGCUCUGAUCUAUGGCAUCAUACAGGCACUAGUCAUCUCUGUCAGCGUUCGACAAAGUGUGAUCCUCGGCAUAGAGGAAGAAAAAGAAGAUGAGGAUGAGGAGGGCAAGGAGACUGAUGAAGUGAAAGACAGUAGGGAACAUGAAGAACAGCUUGUGUCUAUGAAGGACAAAGUGAAGACCAGUUAAAUUUAAGACUGGGAGAAGCAGCUGUCUAUUCAGGAGUCUACCAACAUCAGUCCUCUUGUAUCAGACUUCCUCCAAGUGUUUAACAUCACAGCAGUGGGACUACACAGAGACUGUUUCACUGCACCACUGUGUUCUGCAGGGUGACUAUUGAAUUGUAUUGCACACAUUACCAGCGCAUAGUUUUACUUUUGUCACUUUAUGUUUAACACUAUUGAUCUGCAUUUUAUAGAGGUUUGCCCUCACUUGUUUUUAAUGUGGUGGAAUUGCUAACUGUGGAGUUGAUCUGUUUCACCACCAUCUUUCUCACUUAAGGUUAGAGUGCAACCGAUUGAUCAGUCGGCUGAUAUUAUCGCAGAUAUAUCAGUAUGGUAUGGGUGUACAUGUUUUCCAAUUUACACCGAUAUGAAAUUGGUUUUGUUGCUGUUGGCAAUAAAUUGGUGUCACUGCAAAGUCUAUCCAGCAGAGUGCACUGUGAUUUACAAUACUGUGGCAAGCAGCACAGAGUAAGAGAGAAGAAGCAGCUCUCAGUAAUGUCAACUAGAAUUGGUUGACAAUAUAUAUGUUAAAUUAAUUAAGGCAAUUAUAGAAGAUUUGGUAUUUCUUGUGAUUUUUGCCCCUAGCUGGAAUAUAUAGCUGGAAAAUAUGGACAGCUGUAAACGUUACAUUGCUGAUAUCAACUAUUGCUAAUAUUACUGACUCUUCCAACAGCAAGAAGGCCAGUUUGCUGUCUGUCUGCAGCCUUUUAUUUCACUAAGCUCUCGUUAACGACUAAGAGACAGUCCUGGCGUCCAGGGCAGUACAGCUAAGCUAACAGAAGCUACAUUUGGCAGCAGUUUCUUUACUGUCCACCAGUAAACUGUUAAUUGCAGAGAAUUUAGGCAGAGCAGCCAGAGGACAUCAGAGAAAACAUUUUCUCCAUAAAAUGAAAGAAAUAAUCCAGUUUCACUAAAAUCAAUGACAUAGUGCAAGAUACAGGAGUACAGAGCGCAGAGUGGGAAUGACAGAGGCACCAUUCAUCCUGUUACAACUUAUUUUAAGGUACAAAAAUUACAUAAUGUUCUUUUAACAUGUUAACAAGAAUAUGUAACUUAAGAUUCGGCUGGAUAAGCUUUGCAAGAAUAAUUAACAUAAAUAUUCCUUAAAGUUAAUUGUUUAAGAAAGCAGCAUGAGUUCCUUUGCAGUAAUAUCAGUGCAUAAUCAGUUCUAUUGUCAUUUCAGCUCAAAAACCCAGUAUAUAAAGCCACCAGUAUCAGUAAUCUGUACAUUUUCCCCCCUCUAAAUUUAAUAUUGGUCAGACUUUAUUGUGGUAUAGUCACAUUACACGUCUCCCCUGUGUCAUCACCAAGUUUUCUACAAUUGCAUGCUUGUGGAGUACUAGCUGCAGUAUCGCGCUGCUUACAAUCUGUGAUUGUGCUGCUUACUUAAUAAUAUUUAUUACAUCAGACCUGUGGGAUCACAUUCCUUUCUGGGUGUAAGGUAAUUUUGUUGCGUGCCUUUACUGGAGCGAAAAUCCAAAUUUGGCCAAAGGGGAGGCAGCCUGGGAGGAGGGACGAGCAAGAAGCAACCAUCACUGCUGACCUAUAGGUUUAGACAUUUAUACAUCAAGCUCACACACUACAAAAUAUACUGUGUGGAAGCCAUGAGACCUCCUCAACUCUGCGCUGACCUCAAAUUUUGAUUCCUCAAGAUUAAAUCUAUUUAGAGACCAAAUUGAAUUGAGUUUUUUUUUCUUUCUUUUUGGUCAAAUAAUCAUCAAUAGCCAAAAAGAAAGUGUGUUCAGCACUCAGCUGUGAUGGUUGCUGCUUGUUUACUGUAAACCAUCAAACUUAAGUCAUUACCUCUAAUGAAUCUGUUUGAAACUUCCUGAAAACCUUACCACAUAGAAUAAUUACAUUGAGAUUCCACAAAUAUGAACUCUUCAAGAACAUCCUUGUUGUUUGUUGUAGGAGUUAUCAGUUGACACAAUACAAGCUGCACAUUGUAAUAUGUUCUGUUUUUUUGCCUUAUGUAAUUUUCUGUGCCGUGAUAUUGCUUGUUUGAAACUAUUUUUUAUUGGGAAUGUAGGCCACACUCCUUGUCCACAGGUAUGUGUUUUUAUAGAUUUUUACUGUUAUGCUUUAGAUUUACAACACUCCUUACCCAUAUCACAGCCUGUAAGAUGUGAUACUGAAAGGUCCUGUGUGUAACAUUUAGGAGGAUCUAUUGUCAGAAAUGGAAUAUAAUAUUCAUAGCUAUGUUUUCAUUAGUGUAUAAUCAUCUGAAUAUAAGAAUCGUCGUGUUUUCGUUACCUGGAGUCCGCCAUGUUGAACCAGAAUGUUUCUACUGUAGCCCAGAAGAGACAAACCAAAUACUGGCUCUAGAUAUAGGGCCUUUGGUGAGUUUUGUGGUCACCAUAGUUUCUCCUACAGACUUGUUAGAGAAGGUGACGUGAGAGCGUUGCAAUCAGCAACUACACAACUAGAUGACACUAAAUCAUACACACUGGUCUUUUAAUGCAAUUGUCCAUUUGUGUGCAUGUGAUGCAUGAUACAAUUAGAAUAAAACAGGUUAAUUCACACUCAUACAAAUUCUUCAGUGAAAGUGCUUUUAGGUGUAACUGACAUAAAAUUUAAUGUGAAAUGGUCUUCUCAUUUUAAAAUUGGCAGACAAUGUGCAACCUGAACAUGACAAUUAAUUAGCAAACUUGAGACAAUCGAUUAUUUGAUUAAUAGAAAAUAAAUCUUGAUUGUUUUGUGUUUGAUUGUCCAAAACAAACAAACAUUCCCUCGUUCUUAGUGGUGAGUUUGCUGCAUAUCAUUUGAAGACAACUCCUUGGGUUUCAGGAAACUGAUUUAAUAAAAUAAUCAUUAUUUGCAGCCCUAUAUGAACUUGAGUCACGUUUUUAUGUACAUUGCCUCUACUGAAAAUAAGAUGUAAACUGUAAUCUUCAUUUCACAGUUGACAGAUUCAUGAAAGAGGCUGACAAGUUCUAAUUAUAAUUUGUAAUGAGCUAAAACUGGAAAUGCUGUUUCAUUUCCAAGUUAAGCGGUCAUGUUGUCUGCCUAUUUGAAAGUCUUUCAUUUCUAAUUUCAUUGUUAUUUUGGUGCUUUACUAAGGAUUAUACUGAAAUUUAUCAUUUUGUCAUUGUAGUUUCCAUUUAGUCAGUACUGAUACAUUUUCAAACAUUAAAACUGAAUUUUGAAAUUGUACUUUGAAUUGCACACAAAUGGUAAAUUAAAUUAAAAUUUUUAAUGGUUUGGAGUCCCAAGAAAGUGACACAAUGUCUACAACUCUUUCAUCCAUUGUUUGCUUAUAUGAAGUUGUAUUGCAGUGAUAUUAACACUGAUAAUCCCUUGUAAGGAAAGCUAUUUUUAUAUGAGGAGCCAACACACCUAACAGGUGCAGGAUCACUUUAAAGAAACUCCCUAAAUAAGGAGGAAGGACCCCACCAAUAGCCGUGGUGUCAUUUUUACUUGGAAGAAGUAAAGGAACUAUCUGCUGUGAUCUAUAAGUGUAUGUCUAAUUUAUAGCCACUCUGAAUCCAACACUACACUGAGGUUAAACACUCCCACUGGCUAAAUAAAACUUUUAUUACUGCU